AUGAAAGUCUUCAACUUUAAAGCAGUAGCUGCUGCUGCAUACAGGACCUUCAGCAGCAAGAGGGUUGCAAAACCCUCAGCUUGGGCUUUAACAAACCCCAAAACCAAGAACACCAACACCACAGUGGAACAAUGCAGAACCCCCAUGUCCAAAAUUGAAUGGAGUGAAGAGCAAAAGCAAGUUCUGUCUUCCGUAUCUGAGGGAAAAUCUGUUUUCAUUACUGGCUCUGCUGGCACUGGAAAGACCCUUUUGCUAGAAGAGAUCAUCAAGUUCCUGAACAGAUUGCACACCCCAUAUGGGGUUUAUGUCACAGCUUCCACUGGGGUUGCAGCUUGUGCUCUAAAGGGCCAAACUUUACACUCUUUUGCUGGCAUUGGCAUCAUCUUCAGUGAUGAUGACCCUCAGCUUUUGGUGGAGAGGGUUUUAUCCAACCAGGGUGCAUGCAGGAGGUGGAGAAAGGUUGAGGCUUUGGUCAUAGAUGAGAUCAGCAUGGUGAGUGCAAAACUGUUUGAGAGUCUUGAAUUUGUUGCAAGAGAGAUGAGGGGUGUGGAUGAAACCUGGGGAGGGAUUCAGCUUGUUGUGAGUGGUGAUUUCUUUCAACUGCCACCAGUGGUUAGUAACAAGGAUAACUGUUGUUCUUCUCAAGGGGUGAUGUAUGCAUUUGAGGCUGAGUGUUGGAACAGAAGCUUUGAUUUGCAGGUGGAGCUCACAAGGGUGUUUAGGCAAUCAGAUUAUGGACUUACAAGGCUGCUUGAAGGAAUCAGAAGAGGGGAGAGUGAUCCCCAAGAUUUGGAGUUCUUAGAGAACUUAUGCUUAGGGAGUAGUGAGUGUGAUCAUGAUCCUUCUAUUGUGCAGCUCUUUCCUUUGAAUAAAGAUGUGGAGAGAGUGAAUGAUGAGAGGCUGAGAAGUUUGCAAAAGGAUGUUGUUGUUUAUAGGGCUGUUGAUAGUGGUAAGGGACAUUGGAAGGGGAAUCUUAGGUAUGGCAUAGUGCCUGAUGAAAUUUCCCUUUGUGAAGGUGCAAGGGUUAUGCUGGUUAAGAAUUUGGACACUGAACAUGGAUUGGUAAAUGGGGCUACUGGUGUAGUUGUGGGGUUUUCAUGGUCAUUGGGGGAAGAAGAACAUCUUAGUGGAAUAUGUAAUGAUAAAGUGUUGCCUGUGGUCAAAUUUGAUGGAGGGAAAUUUUUGACAAUUAAGCCAGCAAAAUGGCAUCUAAUGGAUGGACCUGAAGUUGUUGCUUGCAGGAAGCAGAUUCCUCUUAUAUUGGCAUGGGCUAUGAGCAUUCACAAGUGCCAAGGAAUGACUCUUGAGAGAGUUCACACUGAUCUGUCUAGAGCAUUUGGUUGUGGCAUGGUGUAUGUAGCACUUUCCCGGGUUAGAAGCUUGGAGGGACUUCAUCUAUCUGCUUUCAAUAGAUCAAAGAUUAAAGUGGACCAAAGGGUUUCAAGGUUCUAUAGGAGCUUGGCUUCUGAAAAGAGUAAGGAGGUUAUGGUAGUUGAUAGGAGGAGAGAAAAGGUGGCCACAGAAGUAGCAGUGGUGUCUCAAGAAAAGUGA